GAGAAUGCAGAAUAUAAAAAAAAUUUAUUAGAGUGGGUCGAUUGGAUAACUAUUGGUAUCACUUUGGUUGCAUCGGCAGCUAUUGGAGUUUAUUAUCGCUUUACGGGUGGACAGCAAAAAACUGCUGAAGAAUACUUUUCUGCCGACCGUUCCAUAGGAGUUACUCUACUAUCUUUUACUAUGAUGAUAGCUUAUCUGUCAGCGAUAUCACUACUUGGGAGCAGUGCUGAAAAUUAUAGUCAUGGUGCACAAUUUAAUGUGAUAUAUGUAGGUCUGAUUUUAGGAACGCCUGUUGUUUCUCACUUUUACCUCCCAGUCUUUUAUGAACUCAAAGUUAUGAGUGUUUUUGAGUAUCUCGAACGACGUUUCGGAGUAACUUCGAGGUUGAUAGCAAGUGUAAUAAAUUUUAUACAGAUUAAUUUUUAUACGGGCAUUGUUAUAUAUGCUCCAGCAUUGGCAUUAGAAGCCACUACAGGACUUGAUGGAAAUAUGAGUAUAAUAUUGAUUGGGUUAAUUUGCACUUUUUAUUCCAGCAUCGGUGGUAUUAAAGCCAUAAUUGUAACGGAUAUUUUACAAGGUGCACUUAUGUUUAUAUGUGUAUCUUGCGUUAUUGGCAUUGCAUUAAGUGAUCUUGAAGGCGGUGUUAGAAGUGUCUUUGAUAUAGCAUAUGAAGGCGGACGAUUAAAUUUUUUCAAUUUUGAUCCUGACCCUACAAUACGACACACAUGGUGGUCUUUGACUAUCGGAGGGGCUUAUUUCUUUCUUUCCCUUUUUGCUUGCAACCAAGUUCAAGUUCAAAGAAUGUUAACAUCUAAGACACUUGGAGAUGCUCGAAAAGCUCUUUGGAUGAAUAUACCAAUGACUUUGACAAUGGCAUUAACUAUUUCGUUUGCAGGACUUGUACUUUAUGCUUAUUAUGUAAAUUGUGAUCCGGUUAUCGCUGGAGAUAUUAAGUCUUAUGAUAUGUUGAUGCCAUACUUCGCAAAAAAUCGCAUGACCAAAAUUCCAGCUCUCACUGGAAUUUUCAUUGCAGGUGUUUUUAGUGCAAGUCUUAGUACAGUUUCUGCAAUGCUCAACUCCCUCGCGGCAAUAGCUUUAGCAGAUUACAUAAAGCCACUAUACCAGCGACUUGGCCGUCAGUUCCCUGAUGAAAAAGCUGCAUUUUACGGAAAAAUUCUGGGAUUCUUUAUCGGUUUUGUUAGCAUUUCUAUUGCUUUUUUAGCUUCAAGAUUAGGCGCGCUCAUCCAAGCAGUAUUAGCUGUAAACGGAGCUUUUGGUGGUCCAAUUCUGGGACUCUUCACUUUAGGAAUGUUCGUCGAAUCAGCAAACGAAACUGGAGCAGUUAUUGGCACUAUUAUUUCUAUCUCUUGCAAUAUGUGGAUUGCUUUUUCACCAAAACCUAUCACACCUACUCUAGCGAUGUCCAUUGACAAGUGCUUCAAUUCAACGAGUAUCAUCCAAGAAGAUAUAAGAACUACAAGUGAUGAUUCAUCCUACUCUUACGUUAAUCGACUUUCCUAUCUUUGGAUAACACCUCUUGGUAUGAAUAUGACAAUAAUAGCUGGAUACCUAGCAAGCCUUGCAGUCCAGAAACUUUCAAAGCUACCACCACCAGUAUUCGAUCCGUCUCUUUUUACCCCAUUUAUCGCAGAGAGAAUAAGACGACGGCAAAAAAAAACAGAAGAUUUGAAGAAUAGCCAAAUAUUUGUGUUAAGCUCGAGAAAUCAAGAUUAA